AACAUACACCUCCAUGUUCACUUUGCGCUUGAUUUACGUUUGCCUGCAGUAAAUGGUGGAAUUUCCUCUAAAGUUCAUUUUUGUUUAUAUCUUAAAACAGUUAAAAUAUUUGGUGGGGCUAAAUUUAGCCUCUUCUAUUAUCACUGCACUGGUUUAGAAAAGGAAGUGAACCUUUAUUCAGUUAAAUAUUCUGUCGUUGGGAGUUUGGAGAAGUAUCACUGAGCAUCAGGAGCUAACGGUGAUAACAUUCAAAGAAGUGUUGAGCGUUUACACUGAUUGUAUAUCCAGUGUAGAAUUUGAACUCUUCCGACAUUGAACUCUUCUCAGACUUUUUUUUUUUUUAAGACUAAUGUGUCUCCUACAAGAGCCAAAUUACAAGAUGAACUGAGACCAUGAUUUGGCCUUAGUGUUGUAUGAUUAGCAUAUGGAAUGGGACUAUGGUUCACUCUACAGUCAGGACAUCACCUGCGGAUUACAAAUUGCUAUGGGAAUUUAUUCUGCAGGAUUUCCUCCAUUGGUUGGUGUCUACAGGGGAUCAACGUGCAUCUCUGCAACAAAGCACUGCAGCUGAAGGAUAGACAGUACUCCUGCGGACUUUCCUAUAAGCCACUGGCCCUAGCGUACAGGAGAGAGCUGUCCAGACCGUACUAAGUGGAGGAGCGGCAUACACUACAUGGCCAAAAACAUCUCUGCGGCAGUCGUUUCCACGGCAAUCCACCAGAGCUUCGGUGCCAGGCUCAAAGUUAAGCAACAGUGCCACCCGCUGGGCUCCAAGCGUACUGCGACUGCCAGCCGCAUCCACGUCCCUCUAAUCAAUCUCUGUGACUGUUCCGCUGUAGCUUCCUGGGCGUCGCGUACACACUAGACCUUUCCUGGCGGGCUGACAAGGCCAGUCCUGUUCACCGAGGGGAAGCUCAGCACAGGGGUAGUGCCGAUCCAGGAAAUAGCUGACAGUCGGAUUUGAACAAAUCCAAGGUGAAUUCAAUACAUAAGCGUCUGAUGACAACACACUGGAGACCCAGCUGACAAAACUCAGUGCUGUAGUGUCUUACUUUGGGGACAGCAUCUGCGAGAUACAAGCCAUUCAAGAUGUCUCCACAUUCCACCUUUCACUGCAGUUCAAGACCAGCCGCCGUAGCGGUCUGCUCCUUUUGGCGGGUGGUGUUCAUGAUUAUCUGGCCCUGGAGCUUCAUAACGGGAGGCUACGGGUGAGAAUGGACAUGGGAUCUGGCCAGGUGGAACUGGAAUCCGCUCUCAGUCUUCAGCUGAACAAUCUUGUGGAGCACAAUGUAGCAGUGUCCCUUGAGGAGUCUAGGCUGACUAUGGUAGUCGAUGAGCUUUACAGCACCUUUUUGCCCUUUCCAAACACCCAGGAUGUCCUCAACAUCGACCUUGGAUUCUACCUGGGGGGCUCAGGUAACUUGGAGGCCCCCUACCUAGACAGCUCUAUCCCACCUCUGAGGGGCUGCAUCAGUAAUGUGAGGUUUGAGUCCCACCACUUUGACAUACUGGAUUUGGCACCAGUGUCAUGCCACGACACCAAGGAGGGGUGCAGUGCCGAGUUUGAGGCUGGAGAUGGGGAGACGAUCAGCUUCAUCAGCCCCGACUCCUUUGUCUCCUUUCCGUCCUGGAGCGCAGCAGAGCCCCGGACUCUGGAGCUGCUCAUGAAGACUACCAUUGAAGACGCCCUUUUGGUUUUCCAUGCUGGCCACCAAACAGACUUUAUAGGCGUGGGUGUAGCAGGAGGAUAUCUCAAAGGGGUGGUGGACCUUGGCAGUGGGCCUGUUGUUCUUGACAACAACUUGGUGCAGUUGGAUGAUGAUCAGUGGCACAGGAUAAAGGUUCAGAUUGUAGCGAACAUGUUUGAUUUGACUGUGGACAGCCAGACAAUCUCAGUCCCUCUGAGUGGUUCAGACAGCUUGGACCUCACAGGCAACUUGUACUUCGGAGGUCUGGAGGCAAAGCUGAAGGAGGUAUUCCAGGAGAGUGGGCUGUUGACCCACUUGGAGGAAGAAAUUAUCUUGGAGUCCUUCAUUGGCUGUUUGGGAGAGAUGAAGGUGAACAACCAGGAAUGGAACCUACAGAAUGCUUUGGUGACCAAAGAUGUUCACGUGAAAUGCGAGGGAGAGGACUACGACUACCCAAACUACUAUGAGCCAACUGAUGCAACGACAACCUCCACCCCACUGGUGAAUGUCAGCACCAAUGAGAGGCACUGCUACCCGACGGACGACACACCAGAGAUGUUCCGCAACAUCACCAAGCUCAUUGAUGUCACAACCUUGCGCGUUCCUGAAGGUGGGGAAACCUUUUUGGAGCUACGCAACCUCAACCCCACUCUGGACCUGAACAAGGUGGGACUCCGGCAAUCCCAGAUUAUCUUCACCCUUCAGAAUGAUCCUUGGUAUGGUCUGAUGGACAUGAAUACAAAUAACAAGAGGACAAAAAAAUUCACCCUGCUAGAUGUUGUUAACCAGAAGAUCAAGUACAUCCACGAUGGCAACGAGAAGCACGGUGACCAGAUUCAGCUGGAGGUCAGCGCCCUGGGUUAUAGCAACCUCCCAGACUGCCUGAAAAACCCUCACCUGUAUGUCCUCCCAGUUGAGAUCAUACCCAUUAAUGAUGUGCCUCAGGUCAGCGGGACUCACAUCUUAAUCACAGAGUAUGGGCGCACUUGUUUGGGCCCUCGGCUAAUCAAGAUUGUGGACUCUGACACACGAUGUGAUGAACUGAAGAUCACCAUCAUCUCCGCGCCCAAUGCAGAAGAAGGCUAUUUGGAGAACACUCAGCAACCAGGAAGGAGCAUAAAGGAGUUCACCUGUCGGCAGCUGAAAGAUGGGAACAUUUGUUAUGUCCACAGAGGUGGGGUCACUGCAAGACUGGUCCUUCAGGUGUCAGAUGGACAGUCAGCCAGCCAGGCAACCACUUUUGACCUCCUGACCACUUCCCCGCAGUUGACCCUGGUGACAAACACUGGGUACCUCCUGCCACAAGGGGGGUUUGCUCUGAUUGGAAUCCAGAACCUAGCAGUGUCUGCCACUCCCAGGAAUGGCGACAUUGUGUACAAUGUGACGCAAGCUCUACAAUUUGGGGAGCUGCAGAUGCUAACAAGCGAUGGCCUGAUGAAGCAAGUCACAACUUUCCGCCAGUCUGACCUGGAGCAAAACACACUCAGGUAUGUUAGCACAGACUCAAGUGACCGUGAGGAUGCAGCAGUUGAGCUCAUUCGUUUUGAUGUGCAACUGGGACAGCUGACACUGCCAGACAACACUUUCAUGAUUAAAAUCAUACCAUCUGACAUCAAAAUGGCUGCAAUGGUCCCACUGGAGUUAAAAAAGGGGGACCAGAAGGUGAUUAAACAAGAACUUGAAGCUGUAAUGAAAGGCAAAAACAUGGCUCCAGAAUCCAUGAUGUACACCCUGGUUAAGGUUCCAUAUCUGGGAACUUUGCAGCUGCUUGAUAGAGAGCUAGCAGAGGGUGACAGCUUCACACAGCAGGAUCUCAUGAACUCUUACCUCAGCUACAAAGUGGACGUUCAUAGAACUACUGACAUGGAGGAUGAGUUCCAGUUCAGAGUAUCUGCAGAGAACCAACUUUCACCUGUUUACACGUACCCUAUAAAUAUCCUGGCAGAUCCAGAUGCCCCAUCUUUGAUUAAUGAAAGGUUUGUGGUUCUGGAAGGAGGAGAGAACAUCAUAAACAAAGAUUACCUCUGGGUCCAGACUAGGAACUCAACAGAUUUUGUGUACAGGGUGUUCAAGGACCCAAGGCAUGGCCGCCUCAUUAGGGAGUCCCCACCAGGACAGCCUCGGUUUGAUGGCGCCAUCAAAGUCUUCAGCAAUGAGGACCUGCUUCUGGACAGGCUCAUCUACCAGCAUGAUGGAUCUGAGAACUCUGAGGAUGAGUUCACCUUCCUUACCUUCAUGCCGAAUCAGGAGCAGAACGCCAUCAGUGGUAUCUUCCGGAUAUAUGUGCAGUCCAGCAAUGAUCACGUGCCUGUCCGUGUUGUGGACAAGAUCUUUAAUGUGGUACGAAACGGACAGCGUCUGUUGACCACUGAUGACAUCCAGUUUAGGGAUACGGACUCUGGCUUCAAUGAAAGCCAGCUGGUCUACAUGCGUGCAGGAAUCCUAUCGGGGAACAUUGUCUCUGCCAUGGAUGUGGCCCAGCCUCUCUUCCGUUUCACCCAGGCUGACCUGAGGGAGAAGAGGGUCCUCUUUGUGCACCACGGGGCAGACCGCGAGAAGUUCCAGCUGCAGGUCUCUGAUGGCCUGCAUAAGACCACAGCACUGCUGGAAAUUCAAGCCAGCGACCCUUACCUCCGCAUAGUAAACAACACCAUAGUCAUCAUUGAUAGUGGCAGCACUAAGACCCUUAACACCAGCCUGCUGAGCAUUGAGUCCAAUGCCGACAUCAGGGACCUCAGUGAGAUCAAGUAUGAGGUGACGUCGCCCCCCAAGGAUGGGGUGAUUAUCGUCAGUGGAAUAGAGACCUCUUUCUUCACCCAGGAGGACUUGAGGAAAGGUGUGGUGUCCUAUCAGCACCAUGACAGGAGCCUGAGAUCCAAAGACUCCUUCGGAUUCACGGUGCAGUCCAAGGGUCUGUCCCAGGCGGGCACCUUCAGGAUCAAGAUAUUCAAACAAGGAUACCUGUCAGAACCUCAAGUUAUUGCCAAUGAGGUCAUCAUCUCUUAUGUAGCGGAGCACAUUCAAAUAGACAAGGAUCAUCUCAGAGUGGAGCAGGCAGACAUCCUUCCAUCAGAGAUGGUGUAUACCAUCAAAGAGCUGCCCCACCUGGGCCACAUCGUCAUGGCAAACAACGGCUCUGCCCUAGACUAUGUGCAGUCCUUCUCCCAGGAGGACAUCAACCAGGGGCGCAUCCUCUACGUGUCAGCCUCCGUCCAGGGCUCAGACGCCUUUAUCGUGGAAGUUAACAACGGCUUCACGACGGUGGAGGACAUACGGGUGGCAGUGCACGUCGUCCCUGGAAUGAUCCCUGUGAAGACCCUCAACAUCACCCUGCGGGAGGGCAGCGGCGUACCCCUGUCACCAGACAUUGUGAACAUCUCCCACCCCUUCUACAGUUCCGCCAACAUCGACUUUGUCGUGGAGACUCCACCUCAGCAUGGGAGCAUCCGUUACCUGGAUGGAGAAGACGAUGACGUGAGCUUCUUCACCUGGGACGAGAUGAAACAAAGACUCAUCUAUUACCUGCAUGACGGGUCAGAGACUACAGAGGACAGCUUCACCCUCACUGCAUCCGCCUUCGAAAUCGAGAGAAGCGGCCCCAACUUCACGAUCGGCAUCACCAUCCAGCCAGUCAACGACGAGCCACCAAGACUGGUUCACAACACCGGUCUGGAGCUCCUCUCGGGAGAAGACGCUGAAAUCACAGCCAAUAUGCUAUAUGCUGAUGAUCUGGACACCCCUCCUGAGGAGUUGGUUUAUUCCAUCGAAGAUCUAUCCAAUGGGAUUGUGGUACUCAGAGUGUCACCCGGAGACAGCAUUGAAAACUUCACCCAAGCACAGAUUAACAGCGGGGAGGUGGUCUUUACCCACAAAGGUGGUCCGUCGGGGGGGUUCGCCUUCACAGUGACAGACGGAGAGCACACGUCCCCUCUGCAGCAUUUCCUGGUCACAGCCAGACCGCUCACCAUCUCCAUGGAUACGCAGGAGGAGCUUAUAGUGUUCCCAGGCACACGGCAGCCAAUCACAAGUGAGAUACUGAAAGCGACAACCAAUGAGGACGGAGAUGAGAUCACUUACUCUGUCCAGAGGGCCCCUCGCCUUGGCAGGCUCAUCUCAGCCAACAACAAAAACCAGUUUCAGGAAAUCUCCACAUUUACCCAAGCAGAGCUGGACUCUGGGUCCAUCUUCUAUGAGCACCAGAUGCCUGAGGAACCCUUCUGGGUGGUUCGGGACUCUGUGGAGCUCCUGCUGUCAUCCAGCCCAGCCCAGGACCUCAAGCACGUCCUCCCCAUCACCGUGUCCUUCUACGCCGAAAACCACAACUCCUCCACGAAGCUCUGGAGGAAUGCAGGUCUUGACCUUCUGAAAGGUCAGAAGAAGGUGAUUGACAGCUCCAGGCUGGAUGCCUCCAACCUGCUGGCCAGUGUGCCGGAGUCGAGGCGGGGAUCCAUGGGCGUAGUGUUUGAGGUGAUCCAGUUCCCGUCCCACGGGACCCUUAUGCUGGGGGACGUGGAGCUGCCCAAGAACACCCCCUACUUCCUGCAAGAGGAAGUAAACAAAGGGGAGCUGGAGUAUGACCACGGAGGGGACCCCGAGCCCCUGUCCGACAGCUUUUUCUUUCGGGCAUGGCUCAACCCAAGCGGUAGGCGCCCCCAGACCCCGGCACCGUCUAGUGAGGUCCUGGAGGAGCCGUUCAGCAUCGCGGUGACGGGCGGGCAGAGAGAGCCCCCCGCGCGGCCCGAGCUGGUGAGCGUGGACCUGCUGCUGGAGGUGCUGCAGGGCUCCUCGGCCGUGGUCACGCCUCAGCACCUCAGCGUGGCGGACCAGGACAGCACGCCCGCUGACAUCCUCUUCACCGUCACCCGCCCGCCUGCUAACGGCCGCCUGGUCCACGCCGAGACCGGCAGCCCAAUGGACAAGUUCACCCAGGAGGACGUCAACGGCGGGCGGGUGACCUUCGUCAGCGACGGGAGCCUGGCUAACGGCUUCCUGGAGUUCACCGUGUCAGACGGCCGGCACCGCACCGAGUCGCACUCCCUGCACAUCGGGGUCCUGGCCCGUACCCUACAGCUGGCUCUGUCCCGCGAGAUCCAGGUCAGGCAGGGGGACGACGAGACCCUGGUGACAGAGGCCAUGCUGAAGGCCACCACAGGUGGGCCCAGCGAGGAGGAGGUCAUCUACAAGAUCACCAACGUCCCCGAGUACGCAGCCAUGAUGGUGGACCGGCAGCCCACCUCCGCCUUCACGCAGCGGCAGAUCCGGGAGGGCCGGGUCAGCGUCCGCUUCGUCAAGUCCACCUCCCCGCGGGACUGCGUGGCCGUGCUGGCCCGCAGCCGAGCCGCCAACGCCUCGGCGGUGCUCAACAUCACCGCCACGCCACUGGUGAACCUGCCCCGGGCCCGGCCCCUCCUGCCGCGCGCCUCCACCGUGCUGGUGGACCAACGCCUGCUGGACGCCUCUCCGCUGGCCAACAAGACCAUGGAGGUGCCCACGUUCAGAAUCACCCGGCAGCCGCGCUCGGCCUGCUUUGUGCGGGUGGGCGGGAAGGAGGACGGGCGGCCCAUCAGCACCUUUACCCAGAAGGACGUGGAGGAGGGUCGCAUCGGCCUGGAGGUGCUGAAGGACCUCCAGGCCGGGGACAGUGUUCAGGACGACCGGUUCGAGUUCCUCCUCCAGGCCCACGGGGUCCCGCCCGCCGAGGGGACACUGUCUUUCAGGACAGCCCCCUACAAGCCCUCAGCGGUCUAUGGGGCCAAAGUCCUCAAGGUUCCCUCGCCUGAUGCCGGAUCUUCCGCCACCACCCCCAGCCCAGACCACUCCGAACGCAAGCCUGUGGUGUCCCGGCCCAGCAACCUAUGGGCCAUCCUCAUCCCCAUCCUGGUCAUCCUGCUCCUGCUCCUUCUGGCCCUCGCCCUGGCCUACUAUCUUGUGAGACGGAACAAGACGGGCAAGCACGACGUCCAGAACGUUGCCGCCAAGCCCAAGAAUGGGGAGGUCAAGCAGGAGACCUUCCGGAAGACCGACCCCGCCAACAGCAUCCCCAUGUCCAGCAUGGACUCCAAGGAGCCUGACCCGGAACUCCUGCAACACUGUCGGACAACCAACCCACCCCUGAAAAAGAACCAGUACUGGGUAUGAGGACGAGCCCUAGACAAGGGAUGCAGAACCUUUAUGAUCCAAAGUAUUCUAUUGGAGCUUCUCUGAAUCAUUCCUUUCAGUGUUAUUUUCAGUGACUCCUUGUAAGGAUCCAUUUUAGUAUUGAGAAUUUUAGCAAAAUGCCACAUUCGAUUUGAGUGUUUUGUCUCGGUGGUUACCACAAUCCAUUCUUCUGUGGGGCCAUCCUCAGGUAAUUAAACACUGAAAAACAUCUAUUAGUAGUGGGUGGAGAUUAAAUCAGAUGAGUAAUCUAAAUAAGAAAUGUUUUAGUUUUUUGUUGUUGUCUAUUUAUUUUUCUAAGAAACCUUGCUGGAUCCUUGGGAUAUUUUUUUUCUUUUUUUACAGAGCCCAAAUGGUGUUCAAGGACAUGAACAUAAAUUGUGUCUUUGGAAACAAAAAGGCCACAGAAACGCAAUGAAUGGUGAGAGAUGGAAAAGACAGGUUCUAUUGCCUAAAAUAAAUGUACUUUCAUUUAUUGCCAAUAUUAUUCCCCUGAAGUACAUAAAUAGACAAUUUUUGCGUUUCAAGCAUUUACCUUUAUGAUAAAAGAGGGAUGGAUAUGUAUACAGUAAUAGUGAAUUUUGAAAUAGAACUACACUUUAUGAAAGAACAGAUAGACUGUCUUUUUCAGUAUUUUUUCUUUAUUUUUUUUAUAAAUGUAGUCUUUAUUUACUUUGCGGGUCUGCCAAUCCUUUUAAUUAGAUGUAACUCUGCACCCCGCUGAUGAACGCUCGUUAGAUUCACUGGACUGACCUACGGCACUGAAAAACCCUAUAACAGUAUACAUUAUUGUGCAACCACAGACAGGAAGUGACUCACCAGGGAUCUGUGUUGCACCCAUUCCAUUGGCUGACAGAGUAGUGUGAUGUCAUUCAGUCUUGUAAAUGUUCCCUUUUACAGGUCUCUGCUUAGGUCUUGAGAAUGAUUCAGAUAAUUCUGUUUUCUCAUGCCGUGUGUCAGGUUCGACAACCUACACCAUCUCAAUAAAGCUUGUGUUACUCAAACCCAUGUAAACUUGAAAACCGGCUCUGAAAAAGAGGAACUAUGACAAUUAAAGGAAAGGAAUGUGUAUAAGCAUGCUUUUACAGAAACUCUUUAUCGUGUAUUUUAAACACAGAAGAUUGCAUAAGGUUAGGCAAUAAAACUAUUAGUGGUAUAGAUUCAGGGAAGUAGGAGAGAAAUGGAAAACAGAGGAAGGUUUAAAAAUUGUGCAUAUGGUUUUGGAAAUAAGCAUGUAGUAUCCAGGGUUAACUAUUUUAUGAAAGAAGUAAUAAGAUAUAAGACAGACAGAAAUCUUCUCUUAUUUUAACCCCACCAGAAUAUGCUUACAGAUCUGCCCCACUGAUGUAUAAGCAUGUUGUGUCAGGGUUAAUUAAAAGAAGAUGACAAAGGAAAGACAAAAAUGUUGUUUUCAACCUGAGCAGGGCCUGCAAACAGAUCUGGUCCAGUUGUGUUGCAUCGCAGCUGGUUGCUGUACAUGUCUGCUCGUGUGAAAAAUGCAUUUAUCUAGUUCCUCAAGUUAUUCUGCAUUUUGCAACGCUGCAUUUACUCGCCUUGGCUAUGAUCUGACCAAGAUGCCAGAUAUGAAAUAAAACGUAUCUGUUUGUGUAGAACAUGAGAGCUCACUUGUACUGUUGGACAGUUUAGGAGAUAUCUCAGGAGGUGUUGGAGUUAUACCUUUCAUUAAGCUAAUGGCUAAUGCGCCCGAUGGUCCUACUUGCUUAUUUAUUUAUAUUUAAUUACUUUUACACAUUUUUGUUAAAAAAACAGCAAGCCAUAUCCUUGUGUAUUUUAUGUACCAUUUUGACCUAUAAUUCUUCCCUUUUCUGAACUCUUUACCUAUGCAUAUCGUUGGUUUGACGCCUCUGAGUUGGUAACACUGGUGAAGAUUUUAAAAAAGAACUCUUCUUUCCAUGAAGCACACAGAGAUGUUUGCUGUAAUCUUUGCUGAAGUUCUCAGAUUUCAGGAACAGAUUCUCAUUGCUGCCAGUUUGUCAGCUACAGGUAUAUUUUGGCUAUAGUUGUUGCCUUUUGUCUUUGUUGAAGUGAGCCAUGGGUUUUGCAGGGAUUGUUGGUUAUUGAAUGUUUUUAGAGCAUUUCGGCAACCCUGAUGCUUCAAGAAGCAAAAUGUGUAACGAAAGCCCAAUUUUUGGAAAAUAAAAAAAAUCACCAAACAAA